GGAGCCACGCUGCACCUCCAGUCCAAACAACUUUUCCAGAGGAUCCACAUCACAGCGCGCGUCUAGAGGAGCCGAGGUCCGACCGAGAGAACCAAGAGAACCGAGAGAACCGAGAGAACCAAGACCAGGACUCCGCCGAACCACUUCACCUUCACCUCUCCCUCCACACACUUGAGUCCUCAGCUCACCGCUCGGACACUUCCCUCGAGCUGGCCGUUCGUCCCUGGGAGUUAAGAUGAGGAAUCCGUGGUUGUUGUUCCUCGUCGCGCUGGCUACUGGAAUUAUCAGUGAAAAAAAGCUUUUGGUCUCCUCCCAGUCCCCUGCUUCCACGACAGAUGACAUAUACCUAGAGGGCCUGACAUCAGGCGACCUCCCUAUAGAUGACGAAGAUAGAGAAGAUGAUGGCUCAGGCUCUGGAUCAGGAGACUAUGCUUUCAUUGACAUCUCAGAUAAAGAGAGGUUACUCGAGAGGUUCCUCAACUUCUCUAAGAUCGAAGUCUCCAAUGAAACCGUUCCAGUGCAGCUGGAGCCAACAGCAGAUACUACUCCCAUCCCACCAACCACAGCAGGGAUAUUGAUACAAGUCAGCGGUGAAGACAACAGUGAAGAGAAGAUCUCUGCUAUUCUCCCAGAAGAGGAGCACGACUACUCCACGGACCAUAUCGCCCCCAGCGCCUCCAACAAGCCUCCCAUUGAAACCACCACAACCGAGUUCAGCAUUGACAUAAGUGUAACCAAAGAGGAGGACAACAGUCUGGAUACUACCUGGGACAUUUUCCAAGAGGGUUCUGAAAACAUUUUGAGCAAGGUUGAGGAUGACAAUGAAAUUCGGGCCGCUGGGCGAGGCACAUCGAAUGAGCUGCCUGCCCCUGAAGAGGUGACGUCUGAGAACUUGUGGGAGAGGACAGACGUUUUGGCAGCGGUGAUAGCAUGCGGAGUGGUAGGAUUCCUCUGUGCAGUUUUCCUCCUCCUCCUCCUCGCCUACCGCAUGAAGAAGAAGGAUGAAGGUAGCUAUGACCUUGGAGACACCAAGGUUUCCUCAACAGCCUAUCACCAAGCGCCCACCAAGGAGUUUUACGCCUGAACUGACCAAGAGGGACUUUAAAUGUAAUCUGUCGCCUGCCAAUCAGGGCUGAAAAUGGAUCUAUAAACAGCUGAAGACAAUUCCUCUUGUUGAAGUUUGAAGUCAAGGGCCUCUUCUCUUCUACAGUGCUCCAUCGAUGUUUUUAAUUCUUUCAUCUUUCUUAUCCUCUGCCAUCAUUUCAUUGUUUCUCUCAAAUAUUCAGGGGGGGGGGGGUGGUUUGUGAAGAAGAAGUGAUUAGAGAACAAAAGGACUAUUCAAAAGAGAUUCAUGUAAUUCCAUCCCAGGGAAUUGGACAUUUAAUUCACAGCCUAAAUUUUAAGGAAAUAAUCGACUUUAAAGUAUCGAUUACACUGUGCCUUUAACCUGACAUCAUUUUUUUAAGCUUAAGCACGUGUGGGCUUGACUUGGUUCUGCAUUACAGACGGAUCGAAUGUCUCAUUUAGAGUAACUGGAAAGUCCAAGCUCAGAGAAACAAUAUGAGGCAGUAAAUGCAUAAAUAGCCUUAACAUAUGGGAUUAUUAUGACAAAGAACCUUUAAACGUUGACACCCUUUGCCCUUUAUGUGAGGUCAGGUUUGCUCAGUUUAACAGCUUGCAUUGUUACAUUUCAUUUUCUGUACGCUUUUAAGAUUUUUUGUCACUAUGAAGAAUGAAUAUGUUUUUUUUUCCUUAUGCUGCCCAGUAUUGGAGUGAGAGAUUUUGUUACUCUGCAGGUACUUACUGUAUUUUUUGUUGUUAUCUCACAUAUGUUUGAUACCUGUACAACUGGCCAAAUCUAAAUGUUCUUUAUAUGUGUUUUUUGGAAAAAUAUUUUUAGUAAUCUUUUUUCCGAUGUGUUUGCAUAUUAUGAGAUUAUAUUUCUGUAAGCAAAGAGAUUUCAGUCUUUUCAUUCCACUCAUACAGUGUUGACCUUGAGCGUGUAAAAGCUCCUCAACCUGGAAUCUGUCCGACAAUAGAAAUAUUUUCAGGAGUUUUUUAUAUUUGGUGCAGCACAUGUGGGACAGCGUUUCUAAGGUCGAGCCAAGGUUAAUCACUAUCAUUCACAAGCCGUAGAAGUGACCAGUGUUGUCUGACACGAGCCAAAGCACAUUCCUGUCUUGCUGUCAGCUGUGCACCGUUGCAAUGACGGGUUUGAUGUUAAAGGGACAGCGUCAGCAUCUAUUGUUUUCUACAGUCAGUUUAUUCAAAUAAUCUUCCUGCAUGUCAUAAGCAGUGUAAACCAUCGGGAGUUUCCCUACUCUGUAAUGAUGACAGUGCCAGUCCGAAUGUAACCAUGUCAGGUUUAAAACAGGUUUCCUAGUUCGAAGUCUGUACCUCAACUAGUCAACCAGAGGCGUGUUUGGUCUUUUAGAGCUUUCAUAUGGACACAGUUAACAGGGCAGUAUUUCCUCUUGUUAGCACAUGCUUUUUAACUUGUGUAUAUCAUGUAAGAAAGUGUAUUAAAUGGAAAUAUUUGGGAUUUGCAUCUUGUGUAGGCUGAGGAAUUUUAUCCAGCUCCCUACUGCUUAUAUUGUGUUAAAGAGGAACACUUUUUACAUCGCCCUCAAAUUUACAUUGGGGAAAUGUCUCGAAGCUCUGUUGGUGGCCUUACAUUCUGAAUGGAUAGGUGACAUUUUGGUUCACAGGAUGACUGAGUUGUUGAUAUGAACAGAGAGGUAGGGGUUAAGUGGUUAAACUAUUAUGUGAUCUGGCAUUAUACAAAUUCUUAUCAAAACGACAUUGAUUUCAGAGUUUGCCCUGAGUUGGUUGACUUCGAGUUCAAGGUUGAUUAAGAGAUGUUAAAUCAAUAUUGGCAUUUCCUCAAAGGACUGUAACGGCCAUAUUUGGUCGGUUAUUUUGCGUUGGUAAAGCUCACUGCCCAAAUGUUAAUGUCUUUUAACAGUUUAAAUCAAUGCUACUUAAGAGUUUUUUUCAUGAUAUAACUGCCAUGGUCAUAAUAGAUUUAUAACUGACUUUUAAUUGUAGACUAUCUGAGUGCAAAUGAAGACUACCUAUUUACUAAUAAUAAACCGGACGAUCUGAUCACUAACCCAAAGUGACCUACUGUUGAUAACGUGACUUUUACUGUUCACUUGAAUCCUCAGUGCCUUUGCAAUUCAUUGUCUACAUUAAUGCAGUAUUAGUGUCAUGCUUUGACCUUCAAGCAGUACAGAAAUUAUCUGUUGUUCAGAAAUAAACAAUACCCAUGAGGUUUUAAGACACUGCAAUGCUGGCAAUCCAACAGACAAUAACCUUCCUCUUCUUUUAUAUCUGUAAGUUGAUUUGAUAUGUUGUUACCAUAAUUUAUAUGUAAUAAUUUAUACUUGCAUAGAUUAUAGUCCAAGUUAGUUUGUCAGUGAUAAUUUGGUAUUGUACAGUAUUUACUCUUGGUCGAAGCCUCUUUGUGCCUUCUGCUCAGUUUGUUUGUUUUUUAAUAUUUGUUUAACUUUAAGUUCAAUUUGAUUUCUAUUCCCUUUUUACCCCUAUAAAUGGCUUUAAAAAAGGAUAAUAAAUAAGUAAUAAGUUUAUUGUGAAUAUUUUGCAGCUUUACUGUUCGUUUUCAUCAAAGUCCAAUGAAUUGACCGAAGCCUUGGUAUAACUAAUAAACACAGACAAAAUGGUGAGGACCAACCAAAAUAUCAAUAAGACCUUCAUGUAUGUGCAUUCAGAGAACCAUGUUGCUGAAAUGGUGUAUCUUAUGAGGUUCUCUACUGAAUAAAAGAUGUGGCUUUAA